AUGGAAAUGAUAUUCUUGGCAGUUGUAUUACUUGUGCUGUUAAUAAGAGCAGAAGAGCCAUUAUGUAGGCUGCAAGCAAAUCUCAGUUUCCCUCAGUUUUCCAAAGAUGGAGAUAUUAUGAUUGGAGGAAUCUUUUCAUUACACACAAGCAAUAAUCCAACAAAACCAAUUUUUAACUCCUUUCCAGAACCUCUACUAUGCAAAAGUUUAAAUUUCAGAGAAUUUCAGUUUGCAAAAACUAUGAUGUUUGCAAUUGAAGAGAUUAAUAACAAUACCAGCAUUCUUCCUAACAUUUCAUUGGGCUACAACAUCUAUGAUGCAUGUGAGUCUGUACCACAGUCUGUAAGAGCAGCCAUGGCUUUAGUUAAUGGACAACAGGAAACAAUCUCAGACAAAUUCUGCACCAAGAGACCUGUUCAUGCAAUAAUUGCACAAUCUUCAUCAUCGCAGACUAUUGCAAUAGCCACCACCUCUGGCCCUUUCCGUGUGCCUGUGAUAAGUCACUUUGCAACCUGUGCAUGUUUAAGCAAUAGAAACGAAUUUCCAGCAUUUUUUAGAACCAUACCAAGUGAUUAUUAUCAGAGUAGAGCAAUGGCCCAACUUGUAAAGCAUUUUGGAUGGACUUGGGUUGGAGCAAUAAGAAGUGACAAUGAUUAUGGAAACUAUGGAAUGGCCACUUUUGUACAAGCAGCUCAACUGGAAGGAGUCUGCAUUGCAUAUUCAGAGGCAUUUUUUAGAACAGACCCCAGAGAAAAAAUUCUUAAAAUUGUUGAAGUGAUUAAAACAUCCACUGCAAAAGUAGUUGUGACUUUUCUUGCACAAGGAGAUAUUAUUGUUCUGCAGCGAGAGCUUUUGCUGCAGAAUGUAACGGGGCUCCAAUGGAUUGGAAGUGAAUCAUGGAUUACUGAUCAGUUCCUGGCUUUGGGAAAUAGUUAUAAAGUUCUUGGUGGUGCAAUUGGAUUUGCAGUAGGAAAUGCAGUAAUACCAGGCUUAAAAGAGUUUUUAAUUAAGCUUGGUCCAGCUGAGAUUAUGAAGAACAAUUUUGUAAGGGAGUUUUGGGAAACUGUAUUUAGCUGCUCUUUUGAAAUCCAAAGCACAUCUGAAAAUCCUAAUGUUUGCACCGGAUUUGAAAAUCUGACUAAUAUAUAUAAUCAGUAUAGUGAUGUAUCCGAGCUAAGAAUUUCGAAUAAUGUCUAUAAAGCAGUAUAUGCUAUAGCAUGGUCUCUCCAUAAUCUUUUCUCAUGUCAAAAUUAUCAAACUAAUAAUGGAAGUUGUUCAAUCAAACUUAAUAUUGAACCAUGGGAGGUUUUAGAUUACAUUAAAAGGGUUAAUUUUACAACGAAGAAUGGAGAAAGGGUAUAUUUUGAUGAAAAUGGAGAUCCAGUGGCGAGAUAUGAGUUAAUAAAUUGGCAGCUCACAAAUGAAGGGUUCACUGAAUUCAUGACAGUUGGAUUCUAUGAUGCAUCAUUACCUUCUGAUAAACAAUUUAUCAUGAACAAUUCUAAAAUUGUUUGGGUAAAUGGCAGCGUUAAGGUGCCUAUAUCAGUUUGCAGUGUAAGCUGUCUCCCCGGAACCCGAAAAGCUAUUCAGAAGGGAAGACCUGCUUGCUGUUUUGACUGUUUGCCAUGUGCUGAGGGUGAAAUAAGUAACACAACAGAUUCUGUUGAUUGUUUGAAAUGUCCUCUUGAUUUCUGGCCAAAUGAGAAAAAAGACCUGUGCCUUUUGAAAAGUAUGGAGUUCCUGUCAUUCGGUGACAUUAUGGGAAUUUUGCUUGGAACACUUUCACUCCUGGGAGCAAGUGUUACCAUGUUCAUCACAUUGGUCUUCUUUUAUUUUCGUGAUACUCCUGUUGUUAGAGCAAAUAAUGCAGAACUAAGUUUUCUUCUCCUCUUUUCCUUGACCCUGUGCUUCCUGUGUUCUCUAACCUUCAUUGGUCAACCCAGUGAAUAUUCCUGUAUGUUGCGUCAUACAGCAUUUGGCAUAACAUUUGUCUUGUGCAUUUCCUGUGUUUUGGCAAAAACAGUAGUUGUAUUAAUGGCUUUUAGGGCUACACUGCCAGGUAAUAAUAUCAUGAAAUGGUUUGGAGUAAACCAGCAGAGAGCCAGUGUUUGUACCUUUACUUUAAUACAGGUCCUAAUUUGUUCUCUAUGGUUGGCUACUUCACCUCCAUUUCCCACUAAGAAUGUUAAGCUUUAUAAAGAAAUUAUCAUUUUAGAAUGUGACUUAGGGUCUGCAGUAGCAUUCUGUACUGCAUUAGGAUACAUUGGAAUUCUUUCUUUAGUAUGCUUUUUCCUGGCUUUCUUGGCUCGAAAUCUUCCCGAUAAUUUUAAUGAAGCGAAAUUUAUCACAUUCAGCAUGCUGAUAUUCUGUGCCGUUUGGAUAACUUUUAUUCCUGCUUAUAUUAGCUCCCCAGGGAAAUUUACCGUUGCUGUGGAAAUUUUUGCCAUUUUAGCAUCAAGUUUUGCAUUAUUAUUCUGUAUUUUUAUUCCUAAAUGUUAUGUUAUUUUGUUAAAACCAGAAAGUAAUACAAAGAAACAUUUGAUGGGUAAAAUAAAAUAAUUUAAUGUUUUUUGACUCUUGAACAUGUGUAAAAUCUAUUAAAAACAUGAGAAUGGAUGGUGUUCUGUGAUAUACAGGUAGUGCUAACAAAGGUUGGAAAUGCAAAUAUGAUUUUUUUAUAUACUGUACUAACCCAUCAUGUACUAUUUGCAAAAUGUGUACUGAAUUUUCUGCUGCCUACAAUUUGACACUGUCUACAAUUUCAUGAGAAAGUCAGUUAUCUGAUGUCUUAUUAAUGAAGGCUGAAAAUGUCUCAGGAUGCUGUUCAAAUUUUUCUCAUAAAUGCUCAGUUUAUUUUUUACUUGUUGACUGCAUCCUCAUUUUUUUAUCUGGCUUCUACACAUUCAUAAAAAAUGGAAGUCUGAAAAUACUGCUGAUGGAGGCAUAGUAAUCCUAAAAGAUAACCAACCUAGUGGGGCAGUCGAUUAAUGAAUCAAAUUAGGUUACAAGGGAGCACAAAGAAUAAUUCAGCAAUGAUGAUUUUUUUCAAUUCUUUCCACAUGAUGAAUGAGCCUACAUUAUUCCGUGCAAAUGCAACCCAUAAUAUUAUGAACCUUUCAUGUUUUGUGGUCAAAUAAUUGUGACAAUAAUUACUUUUCUUUUCCAGUUCAUCACACUUGAAUUUAUUUACAGUAAAUAAAGUGAAGAUGGAUUCAAAGCUACCCAGCAACCCUGCUCUGAAAUAGUGGGUUUGGCAGAUUGCUGGCUGAAUGGAUGG